GCGAGAACUCACGAUCCACAAUAUACCUCAAAUAGUACCAGGUUAUGUUUGGCCUUAAGUAUUUUACUUCUCUCUCAGACGCGCAGCGCUUCAGUUCUUGAACAACAUCUAUUCGUGUUGAAUGCAAGUAGCGGAAGGUGCGUGGCACUCGGUUAAACGAAAAUUGUGGUUCUGUCACGACGGAACUCUCUUUUAUUUUGUGCUUCGUCAGUCAUGGAGAUUUGUAAAAAAAAUACACAAAGAAAUGCAAAAUAAAACAAGCAAAAGAGCAAAGUUAAAUUUAUUUGAAUGGGCAAAUAUAGUAAUCUGUAAAAAAACUAAAAUAAUUCUAAGUCAAUUGUGUUUAAUAAGUGCCAAAUUUAUAAGAAAUAUAAAAAAAAAUGCAAAGGUAAAAGAAAAGUGUUAUUAAAGUGUUAAAUGGCAUAACAAAAAUAAAUCAACAACUUAAAGUCAUUAAAAAGGUUCACGGCGUACCACCCGCCCAACCGACCGAGGAGCGUAGCUGAGUGUCGCACGACACGAUUCGAGAGAAAACAGACGCUAGAAAAAUUCGGGAAAAAAGAGUAAGACCUAAUCUUGUGCUAAUAAAUAGAGAAAUAUAAUUUCAGUUUAUCUACUUGGCACAGAAGAGUUAAGCCGACCUACCAAGACGGGGCUAUCAAUCAUACCACGAAUGAGGUUAUAAAUAAAAACCAUACCAAGCAUCGUCCCUCGGGUGGCUAGGGAGGAUAAAUUAAUUAACAGUAGUCUAAUGGAACAAGAAGGUUCACGGCGUACCACCCGCCCAACCGACCGAGGAGCGUAGCUGAGUGUCGCACGACACGAUUCGAGAGAAAACAGACGCUAGAAAAAUUCGGGAAAAAAGAGUAAGACCUAAUCUUGUGCUAAUAAAUUUAUCUACUUGGCACAGAAGAGUUAAGCCGACCUACCAAGACGGGGCUAUCAAUCAUACCACGAAUGAGGUUAUAAAUAAAAACCAUACCAAGCAUCGUCCCUCGGGUGGCUAGGGAGGAUAAAUUAAUUAACAGUAGUCUAAUGGAACAAGAAGGUUCACGGCGUACCACCCGCCCAACCGACCGAGGAGCGUAGCUGAGUGUCGCACGACACGAUUCGAGAGAAAACAGACGCUAGAAAAAUUCGGGAAAAAAGAGUAAGACCUAAUCUUGUGCUAAUAAAAAUUCGGCUACUCCUCUGGAUUAAGUUCUUCAGGAACUUCCAGUAAAAUUGACGGUGGCCUUACACUCCCCACAAUAGCGUACUCUAAGAGACUGCAACGACGGCGGGUUCUCCAAAUGAUUUCCGGCUAUGAUCAGCAGAACAAGCAGUUGCACCGGGAUCUGGCGAAGGAAAGGCGGCGCCGCACUGAUGAGCUGUCCAGCGUAAUCAAAUCCCUUUUUCUUUUCGAGAUAAAGCUCAAGAACGAUAUUAAAGUGAUCAACCAGCAACUUCUGGACAAGGACUCCGAGAUCUGUCGUCUGACUCGCUUAACUUGCUCUCUGAGAAAGCGUCUUGACAACAAACAAAGAGACAAGAGUAUGGUGGCGAACCAAGUGCCUAAAAGCGAAGAUUGCCUGGUUCUAGAAGCGCUGCGAUGCAACAAUUGCCGCCAGCAGUUCUAUGACAUUGGGCUGAGUGGUUGUUUCACGCGAGAGAUCAGCAAGGAGCUGAGCGCGGCCGACAAGUUUGGGUCGGGCUCUUCCAGCGAUGACACCGUAUCAUCGUCUUUUUACGGUGCUAGACGCAGCGUUCGCUAUACCAGCAAACGCACAGCGGGCUCCUUCCAAGACUACAUGCGUUUACGGUCGCUGCACAUCGACGAUAUUGCCCUGGAGAAGCAAUUGAAAACUAACACGAGCAGCGUUAGUCGUGAGGACUCGCGGACCAGCUACGAGCAACAACACCUCUACCCACUGGUAAAAGAGCGAAUAGACAGCGUAAAACCGGCACAGGAGAAUGCCGACUCAGACCAUGGUUGUCUGGAGCUGGACAGUCAACAGCUACUGCCAAAAAGCCCCUCCAGCCAGAGAAGCAGCAGGACGACGGGCUCUUCAGAGUCUGCUCACCUAGAAGGGGACGACGGGAUCUUCUUCAAUAAGUUCGAGUCCGAGCGGGAGCGGUUAUAUUCGCUGCAGACUGACUUCAAGAUUGUUCAAAGGCGCUGUCCUGACUUCUCGGAGGCUUCUCCGAAGCAAAUUUACGAGACAACGACAGACGACUGGUACGCCAGUGCCUCGGACCAAGAGGAAUUGACGGUCGCGGCCAAGCCGUACAACCAAGGAGCGGUCAAUCCUGUGCUGGAGUGCGUUAAUCAAAUAUUAAUCGAGCAGUCAAUGGAGGAGACAAUGCGCGACCUGGUCCCCAAAUCGGCCUUGGCAUUUACAUCCGUCUACUCAAACCGGACGCGCCGAAGCUUCUUGUCUGGUCGCAGAAUCUCCAACGGACGUAAGCGGGUACACUUUUCCACCAAAAACAGCAUGGUGCAUGUGCUACGUCACGACGACAAUGAUCAGGACAUUCAGCGGCAGCCCCUGUUCUCACACUACCACCCCUCUGCCACCGCUGGCGAUGUUCUUAAUUACGAGAGCAUAUACAGCAACGAGUACGAACCCAUUGGUUCGGAGCAGCCUUCAAAUCUUUACGUGGACAUGGUGGCCGCCACCGUCGCUGCAGCUAUGAAAGUAAAAGCAACACUGAACGGCUUAAACGCGACCCACAAACUACCACCCGCACUGCCGCCUAAGCCCGCCAAUCUUCUCAAAUUCAAUAAGUCUUUGCUUCAGAUGGAAAUGCAACUUGAAGACCAGAACAACUGCUCCGCAUCCACCACAACAGCCACUGAGCCCGAUUACUGUUCCAUUUCCGAGGUUGGCGUGACCAGCGUUCAGAUAAUGGCCGACGUGCACAAGGCACCGGAAUCCUCAUCGCCCUCAGCUGAUGAUCAGGAUAAAUUGGAGGGGGCAUUUGGCGCUGGCGGGCUCUUCGAUGAUAACUACUCCCACAAGACUGAUGAAUUUGAGGAAAUUUUUGCUGACAUACCAAAGCUACCCAAUGUUGCGGCCAUCAUUGCGCCGAAGCACCCUAACUACAUAAUGAUGAAGCCCAAGUCCGCCCAACCACCACGGUCUCCGAAGUCGGAAUCGCACUUACAAUACAAAUGCAAGCAUGAUCCCAACAUCCUGGCCGAGAUCAACAAGAGCAUGACCUUUCCCAACUCGCACACCACGUCCAAAAGUCUACCCAGCAUGUCCUUGUCAAAAUCAGUAUUGUGUGCGGUAGUUGAUCCUUCCAACGACAUGCCUAUCCAGGCGGAGUUUGAUUGGUAUAAUCUUGACGAAGAGUACGACCAAGGCCAGGAAACCAGCAUAAACCCGCUUGACGAGGGUCUGCUAAAUGAGAUCGGUAAGGUUAACGGUCGCUCGAUGAACGCCGCUGACGAGUAUAACCUAGACGAAGAGUUUCAACAGGAUACGCUACUGAUACCAAUAAAAAUAGAGAAGUCUUGGGCCCAAUCCCAGUUGCAACCGGAGUCAGAAGGUCAACCGACACUUUUACCUUCUAAGGUGAAAAAGAACUUGGCAAGCGUCAAAAAAUUCAUCCAGGGCUCUGGACUGAGCACGAAACUCUUGCCCUAGAAUCGGAAAGUCUACUUCAAUGCACCCGUUAUGUGACGGGUCAUAAUUUUGCUUGGGCUUUAAAUUUGUAGAAAGUAUUAAAUGAUUUAAAAAAUUCUAUAAUUAUUAUUGAUGAAAAGUUUAUAGUUUUAAAUAUUUAAAUUUAUUUUCUUUUUUCCAUUGCAAACAAUGUAGUCACAAGAUAAAGUUUGAAUCAAAUGUAAUGCUUCAAAUCAAAGCAUUAUUAUUUGUAAAAUGUGACUAACUUCAGGAUAACGCAGUUUUGAUGAAAAAAGUGUCUUUUUAUGAUUUGCAACAUUUUCCGAACUCUAGAAAACAGAGAGAUAAAAAUGUUAUCAAACAAAUGUUUAUUGUCUCCUUCUGGCUAAUCUGACUCUUAUCUAUGAACAUUUUUAAGUUUAGAAUUGAGUCAAUAUUGAUUUGAUUUUUCGCACAUUCGUUGGUUCAUCAGCUGUAAGCUUUCAAAGUUAACAUAUGAUUUAAUGAGUGCAUUAAAAAAUAAAAAUAUUACAAAUUAAU